GGGAGGGGAGAGGUGGAGAGAGGGGAGUGUUGGAGGCGCAGUAGCCGAGCCGGGCCGGCCGGGCGGGCGGGGAGGAGGAGGAGCCGGGCGGGCUGGCGGGCGGCCGGGUGGCGGCGGCGGCAUGGCGGAGCCGAGCGGGGCCGAGACGAGGCCCCCCAUUCGGGUCACCGUCAAGACCCCCAAGGACAAGGAGGAAAUUGUGAUCUGCGAUCGAGCCUCGGUCAAGGAGUUCAAAGAGGAAAUCUCCCGGAGGUUUAAGGCUCAGCAGGAUCAGCUGGUCCUGAUCUUCGCAGGCAAGAUCCUCAAGGAUGGGGACACACUGAACCAGCACGGAAUCAAGGACGGGCUCACUGUCCAUCUGGUCAUCAAGACCCCUCAGAAGGCUCAAGAUCCAGCUGCUGCCACUGCUUCUUCCCCCUCCACACCUGACCCUGCCUCAGCACCCUCCACCACGCCUGCUUCACCCGCCACCCCUGCCCAGCCCUCCACCUCUGGCAGUGCCUCUUCGGAUACUGGCAGUGGAAGCCGGAGGAGCAGUGGUGGGGGGCCCUCUCCAGGGGCUGGGGAGGGACCCCCCAGUGCUACUGCGUCCAUACUCUCUGGCUUUGGGGGCAUCCUGGGGCUGGGCAGCCUGGGCCUGGGCUCUGCCAACUUCAUGGAGCUGCAGCAGCAGAUGCAGAGGCAGCUGAUGUCCAAUCCUGAGAUGCUGUCGCAGAUCAUGGAGAACCCCUUGGUCCAGGAUAUGAUGUCUAACCCUGACCUGAUGCGUCACAUGAUCAUGGCUAACCCCCAGAUGCAGCAACUGAUGGAGCGGAACCCUGAGAUCAGCCACAUGCUCAACAACCCUGAACUCAUGAGGCAGACGAUGGAGCUUGCUCGGAAUCCAGCCAUGAUGCAAGAAAUGAUGCGGAACCAGGAUCGGGCCCUGAGCAACCUUGAGAGCAUCCCUGGAGGGUAUAAUGCCCUCCGCCGCAUGUACACGGACAUCCAGGAGCCCAUGUUCAGUGCUGCCCGGGAACAGUUCCCUGAGGGGUGGGCCUUGGCUUGAAGGCAAUUCUCAACAGUGCAUAUCCGGGGAUGGUCCAAUUUGGCAUGGACAAAAGAUAAGCAGAGGUCCUUGUGGAAGUGGGUGAGGCAUAGCGUCCAUCCAAGGAACUUGACAUCCUUCUGACAAACUUCUUGUACCAGGGGCUCAAAGGCCAGGUGGCAGGCCUGAGGUCAGACGCCAGCCCUGAUACAACAUGUCUCAAGUAUGGUCCAUGGAUCACCUGCAUCAGAAUCACCUGGGGAGCUUGUUGAUAAUGAGAAUCCUGGUCCCCACCUUUGAGCUGCUUAUUGAAUCCAUUUCUAGGGUUGGGUCCCAGGAUUAUACAUUUUUAAAAAUGCUUUAUGAAUCCUAUUCAAAUACACACACACACAAAAAAAAUAGAUAAAAAUAUAGCAUUUUUUAAAAAAUCAAUGUUGCCCUAACAUGUAGCCAUAUAUAAUUUCAGGGCCCU